AUGAGUGCGGCACUCCAGUACGCGACAUUUUCUCUGCUGCUGUUUUACCAGGGAUCAGCUUUAUAUUUAGAGCAAAAUUGCGGGAAUUGUUCUGUAUUUGAUCCCACUCCAUGGCUGGUCAAAAUUCGAACUGAUCUGAGUUCGAAUAUCACAUGCGCUGGAACGCUUAUCAACGAACGCUUUGUAUUGACCGCUGCGAGUUGCAUUGACGGCGCAUCUGAACUCAUCGUACGCUUGGGAGAGAUCGACGGAGCUCUUAACAAAACAAGUAAAUUUCACUAUGAAGAAAUCGGUGUUGCGAGGGCGAUUAUACAUAGGCUAUAUUCCUCAGAGAGCUAUCAACAUAAUAUAGCUUUGCUCCGAUUGAAAACAAGUGUUGUGUACAAAAUGAAUAUAAUGCCGAUAUGCAUUGAUGUGAACUUGGAGAAAGUACCAAAAGCUCCCACCUUUGUGAUUGAAAUUAAAAUGCGUGAAGUGCCCAAAAAACCUGAAGUGGGGAGGUUGAAAAAAGUCCUAAACUGGUUUUUCUCCCUGAUAGGGAAAGAUGAAGAUCCAGAACACGAGGUCAAUUUGGAACCCGAAGCCUUCGCAAUCGGAUAUCCAUUCACCAAACAAAUCAGUAAAUCAAAAAUAUUUUAUCAAUCUGGCAUUCUGAGCCAUCAUAAUUCCGAAUCGAGGAAGGACGUCUAUACCGAUGUAAUGGCCUACGCCGAUUGGAUAGUACCGAUCGCACUUGAUGUGCAUAUACUCAUGGCCCCAAAUACAGAUUUUCAUAAUUGAAUUUAAACACAUUUAAAUAUAGUUCAU